CCUCCGCGCCCCGCCGAGCUGCGGCUGCGGUGCCCCUCCAACCACAGCCGACCUCCCAGGAAAGAGGAAGCGCUGGGUCCCAGCGGCUCCCUGGGUGCUGGGGCGCGGCCGCCCGCAUGGAGCCCAACGUUCGCUUCUGGAUCGCCGAACGCCAAUCUUUUUUUCGACGAUUUCUUCAGUGGACAGAUUUAUUAGAUCCUCUGAAUCUGUUCAUUUCAGUUGAACAAAUAGAAAAGGCAAGGCAACUAUUGUUCACAAAUGAAGAUGCAUCUACACAGGCCUUGGAGGACCAAAGGAUACAAGAAGCGUGGAAGAAGAGUCUCUCAACAGUGCAUCCUGACAGCAGCCAGCUGAUCCCCACUCUCUUUCGACCUGCAGCGUUCCUGCCCUUCACCGCACCCAUGGUAUUUUUGUCAAUGAUGCCAACCAAAGGGAUAAAGUCCAUAAUUUUACCUCAGGUUUCCUUAUACACGUACAUCACUGCAUUCACCUUUAUCAAUGGAAAUGCAAGUUACAGUCAUCAUCAACCAGAAAGUUUAUUACUAGGGGCAGGAGCAGCUGUUUCUUCAACCUUCUUUGGGUUAAUCCCUCAUUUCAUCCAACGGUUCCUGGGUAACCCUUUGAUCAAAAGAGCUUUACCUGUCGUCUUUCUUGCCAAUGUUAGCGCCGGGAAUGUCUUGGCGACCCGAAGUUUUGAACCUGUUCGAGGGAUUCAGGUCAUGGACAAAGAAGGCAAUGUUAUAGGCUAUUCCAGAAUAGCUGGGAAAAAGGCCUUAGUGGAAACCGCAAUCUCCAGGGCAGUGCUGUUUGGGACCUCAGCUAUCAUUCCCGAAGUCUGCAACUACUUUUUUAAAAGAACUCAGUUUUUCCGGAAAAAUCCAUCGUCAUUAUGGACUGUGAAACUGUCUUGCACCAUCCUGGUGAUGGGACUGAUGGUGCCCGUGUCUUUCAGUAUGUUUCCACAGAUGGGGCAGAUACAGUGCAGCAAGCUGGAAGAGGCAAUUCAAUCUUCAACAGAAGAAACACAACUAUUCUAUAACAGGGGGGUGUAGGGCUGAGUCGUAGGUGAACUUGUCUGUUCCUGCUUGAAAACCACCUUCUCUCAAGGUUUCAGUUUCGAGGACUUUGCCAGGGGUCCCCUGGGGCCUCCAGAGGUGUCCGCACUAACAAUAUGACUUAAGAUUGCAUGUGCUAAGCCCAUUCCAGGAUGGUGUGUCUUUAAUAUGAUGGGAGUGUCCCCGAAUCUUGACACCCCCACAGGCGUGCUGAGGCCAUGGGUGGGGUGAGGACCAACCCAUGAAACUACUAAUAAACUGUCUCAGGUUGAGUAUUUGAAGAAA